AUGACUUCCGUCGAUAACGUGGAUGUCACCCUAUACAAUUUGAUCAGAAUAGCAUGGGACUUGUAUCAUAACUGCAAUCUUGUUCGUGGCGAGGCGCCUGACGGCUUCAAACAACUCGUGGCCGGAUUACUCUCUCUCCAUAACACUCUUCGUGCUCUGAAAAACAGCAGGGAAAGUGUGAGAGGUGAUCAUAGAGUUGAUCUGGGGCCUUCUCUUCAUGCCUGCUUAGAGACCCUGCAUGCACUCCAUAAACUAGUGGCCAGAUACAGGGCCAUUGGCGCCAGCAGCGAGAAGGAGUUCUGGGAGAAGAUGGACUGGCCAACACAACAAGGACAAGUGUUGCAUUCUCGGACUCCAGCCUUCGUGGGGAAAGGCACGCCAGACACAGAUAUGUCACCUCACUCUCGAACGCGGGAACAGAUUCGUCGAUCACUGCGCUAUGAGCCUCGAGAUAGAUUCCACCAACCGGACGCUGAGCUCAUUCUCAAGUUCGAUGCGUCUGUGGUCAAAGGGCAGGAAGUGCGGAACCUCACCACGAGCGGUUGGUUACACAUUGCUGUGUGGUGGCUGCUGAAGGCCCGUGCAGUCCUUGCCAACGCGGACAAGCCAAGCCCGUUGGAUAAUCGUGGAAGCGUUAGCCCAUCAACUUUAUCGUGGUCCUCCAGCUAUCAAGCAUAUGUUGACCUGCUCAAGGCCUCAUAUAUCCUAUAUGAUGUUGUGCUCAGAACUGGCAAUCCGGAGGAAUUGUUCUUGAAUGAGAAUCGGAAAAUGGUCUCCGAUUUGUCGGAAGGAGUUAGGGAAGACUUCUCCCAGUUCAGCUCCGUCGAUGUUCCAGACUAUGCUGCCAUUCAUUCACACAACCAGGAGAUUUUGGAAACAAUACAACCCGAAGAAAGUACGGGGAAUAUCAAUCCAAUUUUAGGUCUAGGCGAUGUCCGUUAUACUACGGUCGAGAUCGAAGACGCAGGCAAUGAGGACGAACAAGUCUUCUUCCGCACAUUCGUUAACGCCGGGAUAGGUAGCAAGAAGCUUCGCAUGAGAACGAAAGGCGCCCCAUACAUGCUUCUGUUGUCUACCAAGGAAGGUCACAGUGAGCCGAAAAUUACCAUAUGCAAUCAAAUGGGCACUUUUUGCCUCCAGCGGGACUUCACGCCAGCAGAUUUGGCCCAGCUUGUUCAAGUCUCAGAAGCCUCUCUCAACAUUCUUUCGGUUGCCAAGUCUACGGAACCGGUGACGCUGAUGUUUGAAACGGUCAGCGUUUCUAUCUCGUUUCAGUAUUUGCCCGACUUGGUACAGUUCAUCAGCGUUCCGAAAGCCUACUUCGAUGCGGUGUGGCCCCGGGAGCCAGUAAGCUCGGAUGAGAUUACCGAAACUAUGAUCUAUAGAGGCACUGUUGAGGUACUGGAGCAGCUCAAAGCACCCAGCAUGGUAGCCAUGAGUCCAGCUUUGGUUCACCGAUCCUGUGAAGUGCGCAUUCUAGAGAGAUCAUUUGGCGAAGCAUGGCGAUCCAUCCGGAGAAUGGUCAUCAGUUCUUCUGUGGCCGACAAAGAUCCAAUGUGUAUUGAUUGGUUCAUGCCUCUGAGCUGUGUACAAAUCAACCGCAAAAAAGGAUCGAGGCAGGCGCUACUGAAGUGGUCAGAUACUGGGCAAGAACGAUCCGAUAAGACUGAUGGGAACUACAACCCCCUUUACUCCAAUGUUUAUGAUGAGAAGAAUCCCAACAUCGGGAUUAGUAUAGAAUGGUCAACCGAGCAGGCAGCAGAGGAGUUUGAGCAGGCUAUCAUGAGUCUGAACGCGAAACCGAUAUUCUCCUGGUCUCAGACCCAAAGCUCGGGUCACGUCUACGACGCAGUGGACGACACUCCGGAUCACAAGAAAUACAAGACCAUCAUGGUGUGUCAAGCACACGCGGGCUGGAAGUCUAGUGGUGUAUAUUAUGUCUACAGAGACAUCGACUACAGCUAUGAGCAUGGCAGCCGCAGUGUUCGAUUUCCGCAUAUAUUUCACACCCACUACAUAUCAUCACACGUGGAUCAAUUGUACCGUGCUGACUCCCAGGUUGGAUUCUCCCACAGCGAGAAGGUGACGAGAAGCGUUGCGAUAAGCUUCGACGAAGUGCUCACCCUGCAGGGAUUCAUGAGCUCACUGGCAUCCUCCCACGAACUCGUGUUCUCCAGACGUGCCACAUCUCUUACAACCAAGUCCAAGCUCUUCUUCGGCCAUAAAAAGUCAUCUAAGGGAGACUCGGAGGUUCAGCUGUGGCGAGAUGGGGAGAAUCUGCGUCUUGCUGCACGAUGGAAAAGUGAUCAAAUCGCGGACAAGUGGUUAACACUGGGGAUGCCAGCUCGGGAGCCGAUGCGAGACCACAGUGAUCGAAUAAACUUUCCCACGCAGGAGUUUUCAAGAGGAAUGGUCCUCAAUAUGGCUAAGAUAGCCGCUGGAAAAGCGAAGGACCCAAGUAAGGAACGAUCGCGAGGUCCUGUGACGAUUCAUUUUCCAACAACAAAAGGUGGGUUCCCGCAUGAGCAUGAUGAGGCAUGCAAGUAUAUAUCCUGGCUACUCUCCGCUUCGAAGCUAAUGAUCAACAAUGAUCAACAAUGAACGAACAGAUCAAAGUGAUUUCAUUCUUGCCUUACGAACCAUGCCUACGUCAUAAG